AUGAUUCAAGUACGAAGUAGUGUAAGACUAAGUAGUGUAAGACUCAGUAGUGUAAGACUCAGUAGUGUAAGACUCAGUAGUGUAAGACUGUAUGGAGUGAGGAUACCAUGGAAAGUUAGACCUGGUAUAGGUAUAGGUAUAGGUACAGGUAUAGGUAAAGGUAUAAGUCGAUUUUCUACUAUUCCGACUUCUUUACCUCCUCGGAAAUCAUAUCAAGCUAAUACUACUGGAUUAUCUUUACUUUGGAAUAAAAUUAUUCCAAUUAAUGUUAAGUAUUUUACCGGAAUAGGAUUAUUUGCAUUUAGUCUUAUUCAUAUUCAUCCUAAUGUACUUGUAACUGUAGUACCUCCAAUAUUAGUUGGAGGAUAUUUUGGAUAUAGAAAGUAUAUAAGAUGGAUCCAUAAAAUCAGUAGUGAAAAAUUGUUAAAGACAUAUUCAAAGAAUAGUAAAGAUGAUAAGAUUCAAAUAAAAAAGUAUGAUGAAAGUGAAUUAUCAAAUGUUUUAAAGGGUAUAGAGAAUGAAUUUGAUAGUUUUAAAGUCCAAUUGGUGGAUAUUAUUGAACGUCGACUUUUAGAUCAAAUUAUUAAAAGUAGAGAUCCUCAAUUGACUCGAUUAUUUAUUGAACAAAGUCAAGAAAGUGAACAAGUAUCAAUUAAUAUAAAUGCUAAUGAUGUAGAGACUUGGAUUACUUCAAAAGUAAAUGUUCCUGGAGAAGAUGAUCUUAGUGAUAUAUCAAUAUUAUCCAACUUUUUUAAAUUUUCAUUACCAUUUUAUAGCUCUAAGGAUAUUAAUCAUAGAAAGAGAUUAGGUGUAAUUCAAGUAUAUUUAGUAGAGGUACCUACUGAUGAUGAUUCACUUAUAUAUAAUGAAUACCAAAUUGGUAUUGAAGUCACUCCUUAUUCAUGGUUGACUUCAUCAAAGAGCAUCUUCAUUACAUCUAUCGAAGGUGAAGGCAUUACUAAAAGUAAGAUUCUUAUUGACAGUAAAUCAACGUCGAAGAAUAAAACUGAAUCAGAAGAUGAAGAAAUCAUAUUAUAG